AUGGCCAUGGCGGGCAUGGAGCGGACUUUCGGUCGAUCCCCGACCUUCCUCGUGAAUACGGACCAGCAGCGAAGUAACCUGGAUUCCCUGGUUCGGCGUGAGCAGCACUUGGCAGAACAGUAUCAGAAGAACAAGCCCCUGAUGUUUAACGGGAAUGCGUAUCAAAAGACGCACCCUCAGAAGGCCAUUGCACCUGGACAUCGAGAUGCAGAUGCCACGGUGGUUUCUCCAAUGCUCCUCGGUUGUGCAGACGGCGUGUCUCAGAUCGAGGAGUUUGGACUAGAUGCAUCAGAGCUUCCGCGAGAGCUUCUGGCAGCCUGUGAGGAGCAAGCGACUGCUUUGCUGAUGCCGGAUCAAGCCGGGAAGAUCUCAGACCUCUACAGAGGGCCUAUUCCAUUGAUGCGCGAGGCCUUCCAGAACACCGAGAGCAUGGGCUCCACCACGGUGUGCCUCUCCGUGCUGGACAAUAGCACCAGAAUCCACGGCAAGCUCCACCCCAUGAUGGCCAUCAUCUCCAUAGGCGACUGUGAGCUGAUGGUUCUCCGGCAGAACAUGGCGAGUGGCCGACUACGGUACGAAACGGUGUUCAAUACGGAAAUGCAGCGGAUCGGCGGCAACUGCCAGUGUCCCCUCCAGGUCUGCCGUGUUGAUGGCAGAAUUGAUGCCGCUUUCGACGAGCGGAUGACCAUUGAGGUAAUCGAGAGAGGAAGUGCCGUUCACAUGGUCUCCGUCUACGAGGGUGACUUGGUGGUCAUUGGCAGCGACGGGGUCUUUGACAAUCUCUUCAAGGACGAGGUGGCCGCGAUCGUCAACCAACUGAUUCCAAGACCUUCCACUCCCGGCGAGAAGUUCCGGCCCUUGGAUAAGGCUUUCAUGGGAGAGGUGGCCAGGUACAUUGUGGAAGCCUGCCACAUGAAGACCAAGGCCGACCUGCGGACCGGGAAGUAUCCGGACACGCCGAUCGGCAAGGGCGGGAAGCGCGACGACACGUGCUGUGUGGUUGGCGAAGUGGUCGAAUGGACAGAGAUGGACUGCAUGUACUGGGAGGGCGUUCAGCGGCGGAGAAGAAUGAAGGAGCUAGUGACCUGCGGUGGGGUGCUGAGCCUGGGGAUGAUGUGCAUAGACGAAGAUGAAGAGGACGAGGCCCGUGCAGUCCAGGAGAAUGUCCUGGAAUCCGAAUCCGAGAAGGAGCUCAAUCAAUUGGAAGAAGCGUUCUUGAAGGCCGAACUGUUGGUGGCCGAAGCUGCGGACUGUCGGAACAUCAUCGAGGUGCCGGAGAUCGCGCCUUGCAUAGAAGCGGAGCUUGGCGGCCAGAAUGCCGGAGUGGAGAAGGAGGACAUCCUCCAGACGCAUCGGGCAAACGGCCUGCUUGCCCUCCAGCCGGGAGUGCAGAAGGCUUCAGCGAAGGAAGCGGAGGACUUUGCGACCCUGCCGAUGUUGCAAAGGUCCGUCGAGCGGGGUCACAUCGCACUUCUGCGCGCCUCCUGGCUUCGCCGCCUUCUGGCCGAACCCUCGCAGCCCCUUCCGCAGCGACAGGCGCUGCCACCAGAGGCUUUCUGGAACGACUUCAGCAGCUUGACGGGCAACGUAUCUUCCAGACUCCUUGUCGUGUCUCAUUUCUGGCAAGAAGAACAGCCAGAAUCUGACUGCCAAAUGCUUGAGCUUCUUGCCAAGAUGGUGGAGAAGCACAGCCAAAGAUUGUCUUCAGAAGAGCACGGCACGGAGUUUGCCAUUUUUUUGGAUUGGUGCAGCCUCUACCAGCAGCCCCGAUCAGAGGAUGAAGAAGCCACGUAUCAGCGAAGCCUGCAGGACAUGAGUGCCUGGUAUGCCUCGCCUUGCACCACCAAGUGGUUCAUGCCUAGUUCUGAUUCUAUGCACAUCUGGCCGUGCUUACAGCGAAUGCUGGCGAAUUUGAGCUCCGAGUCCCUGGUGGUAGAGGCCAGCGAAGCGGUGGCCCAGUCCAGCUGUCCCCUAGCCCCGUCGCGACCGACUCUCCUGCAAGCAUCCGGUGCGUCUGGGAGCCCUCCAACGACACCCAGUGCUUUCAACCUGAUGAUUGAGAGUCAAGGCCUUGAUGAUGAGCACGUGGUGUCACUGGCGCAAAGCUUGUACAACAAGGCCUUCACAGCCGUACUCGGUGCGCAAGAAUGGAUGGACUUCUCAAGCCGCGGCUGGGACGACUUCCAUGCACUCCGGCUAGCUGAGGUACUGGUUCACAGCCAGCGUCUUGUGAAACUCGUUUUAUCUGAGAACAGCAUCUCGGACGUAGGCAUGGAAGCUAUCGCGGCUUGCUUGCCCGGCACGCUGCAGAUCCUGGACAUUUCCCACAACAUAAUCAGUGAUGUGGGGGCCGGUUGCUUAGCGGGUGCCCUUGGCAAGCUUCCGGAGCUGCGGCAGCUCUACAUCAGCGCAAACAGCUUUGGGGAGAAUGGAUUUGCAGCGUUAGCCUCAAAGCUACCGCUCUGUCAGAAGUUAUCAACAUUACGAGCAGCCAAGCUCGGACUUGGGGAUGCACUACAGGCUUUGGCACUAGUUCUACCACAAUGCCCCAACCUACAAAGCCUUUGCUUGAAUGAGAACCAGAUGGGAAGUGCCUCAGCAAGCCUUCUGGCAAGCACGCUGACUUCCUUCAUUGAGGAGCUGCAGCUCGACGACAACGCGAUAGGUGACGUGGGCAUACGUGCACUUGCGGGGCGCUUCAAAGAUUCCUCACACCUGCGCCUCCUCUCGCUGAACGAAAAUUGCUUCGGCGAUUCGGGCGCAGCCGCCUUGGCACGAGCCUUGCCGAGCUGCCCAGCUCUGCGGACCUUGAGAGUCAGCUGCAACCACAUCUCCCCGCAGGCUUUGACCCGCCUGCGACUUGCAGUUCCAGGGCUGAACCUCUUUGCCUUUGGACAAACGGCACGGGCAAGAUGGAUCGGGGAAAUCCUUCCAGCUAGCAGCCUUGGCAUCCAUGUUUGGCUGCGCAGCUAA